CGCACGACGACGACGACGUCUCGUUCUAGAACGAAAACGCGAAAUUGUUAUUAAAAAGUGAGCAGGCGUAGAAUUACGAGCAAGAACCCGGUCACCACUACAAAUGCAAGUGCAAGUGAACGCCAAGUAACAGCAACAAAUUGCGCGUGAGAUUUAGAUAGCUUCCUGAGUAGCGUCACGUAGACGGCAAGCAACUUGCAAAUCGAUAUUCACACUCACACACACAAGUACACACAGUGCAAACAGUAUGGAAAACACAUUAGAAGGCGGCGGCGCUGAUGGCGAAAAUAACAUUUUGCCGCUACCCGCCAUGUGUCCGGACACUGACAGCAGCACUACACCAGCCACCGCCCCCGCCCCUGCAAUCACCGAAUCAGCGACAAUGAUAAGCAGCAGUAGCGACGCAGAAGUUGCUGCGGCGUCAUCGGUGACGACAAACAACCACACAAAUUUGCACAUGGAGAAUGAAGAAGAAGAUGAAGGGAGCAGCAUAUUGGGCACAGAGCACCACCACAACAACAACAACAAUAAUAAUAAUAAUGAGAAUAGCACGAAAACAAUACAACAAACACAACAGCUGUUAGGGGGUGGAGAUGGCAAUGCAAAUACCACAACAUCUAAAACAACAGCAACAACAACUAAAACAACAGCAACUACAACAAAUAAUGUCAAAGUGACGGAAACAGCGCCGACUGCGACGGUAAUGAAGGCAGCGGCAGCGGCGUCUGCCGAUUCAGACAGCAACAAAACGGAGCGCAAUCACAAGAAGAAGAAAAAAGAUAAGGAACGUGAACGAGAUGAAGAUAAGCGACACAACAAUAACAGCAGCAGCAGUAGCAGCGAUCCACGCAAGGAUCGUGAGAGCAAUAUGAGCAAGAGCACCAGCGGCAGCGGCAGCAAGUCCAAUACAAAUCGACACAGCAGCGACUACAAGCCGAGUUCCAGUUCCUCAUCUUCAAGCAGUUCCCGCAACAAAGAUAAAAAGCAACACCGAAGCGAUCGAGACCGGGAACGUGAACGGGAACGAGAUCGAGAGAAGAUACCAUCGUCAUCAUCGAGUUGCUCAUCGAAUUCGCAUUCACAUCGACGACGGAGCUCCGACAGCAGCCGCGGCAGCAGCAACAACAGUUCCAGCAAGCUGUCGCUCAUCAAAGAGGAGAAGGACAAGGAUAAGGAAAAGGGGAAAGAGAAAGAGAAGCAAUCGAUUGAAGUGGCAACAGUUGAGCAGCACAUCAAAAUGGAGGAAAAGGUGGAAAAAGAGCCUGCAAUAUUAACAGUACUUACUAACAAUAAAAACAUCAAGACGGAAAGUGAGAUCAAAAAGGAACCAAUAACUGAAACGAAGCCUUUGCUCAAUGGAGAUGCUUUCAAAGCAGUGAUAAAAACUCGCGAAGAAGUCACGCGACAAUUGAGCUUUAAUUCAUCAGAUGCUGUGAAGACCAAGGAGAAUAACACAACCAACAUUUCGUCAUCCGUUUUAAUGCCUUCACCGGCGCCAAAGACAUCGACGUCGUCGUCUUCGUUCAAUCAUUCCUCCUCCAGUUGCAGUGCACGCAAAUCGUCGUCCUCCUCCUCAUCCACCUCAUCGAGCAGUCAUCACAAGACAUCAUCCUCGUCCUCCUCUUCAUCGUCGUCACGGCACUCGUCAUCCUUCUCCUCGCGUGACUGUUCCAAAUGCUAUAAACGCUCGAAGAUCCGACGCAGCAGCGUUGGCGUUCAAUGCGUUCAACAUGCGCCCAUUUCAGGCGCCUGGCAGACUGUCCAAAGUUUACCGCCGCCAUCGGCUGCAAAUCGAAAGGCUCCCGUUGGUCUCGAAAAUCUAAAAUACGGACAAUACUUUCAAGUGGAACAGUAUCCGAAUGGAGGUGCAUCGGUUGUGCAUCUGUAUCAGCAUGAAAUUGAUGCACUCUCCCCGGACGAAAUGGAGCAGCUGGUGGAUGAGUUUUUCAGCGUAUGCUUUGCUGAGGAUGAGCAGGGUUAUGCGCACCAUGUGAUGGGCAUUGUGCACGAUGCCGCGCGCUAUAUACCCGAUCUCCUGGAGCACAUGGCCGAGAACUAUUCAACGCUCACCGUCAAGGCGGGCGUUCUUGGUCGCAACUCCGACAUUGAGACCUGCACCAUGGCCCAGUAUAAUGAACAGGUGGUGCGCAACUAUUGCCAGGGCACAUUUCGUUAUGGACCAUUGCACCAGAUCAGUCUGGUGGGCAAAGUGCACGAGGAGGUAGGCGGCUAUUUUCCGGAUCUGCUUGGUCGCAUCGAGCAGAAUCCAUUUCUAUGCAAGACAAUGCCUUGGGGUGUCAAUUCCAUACUGCAAACGGAUCCACGCCAGUCAAACGAUGGCCCAAUCCUGUGGAUUCGCGCUGGCGAGCAACUGGUGCCCACGGCGGAGUUGAACAGCAAGACGCCACUCAAGCGACAGCGCACUCGCAUUAAUGAGCUGCGCAACCUGCAGUAUCUGCCACGUCUGUCGGAGGCUCGUGAAACAAUGAUUGAGGAUCGUACCAAGGCGCAUGCGGAUCAUGUGGGGCAUGGACAUGAGCGCAUUACCACCGCUGCAGUUGGUAUUCUUAAGGCUGUGCAUUGUGGACAAUCCUAUAACCAAAAUCGUAUCACUAAAGAUGUGGUCGCCUUCGCCGCUCAGGACUUUAAUACGUUGGUGGAAAUGCUGCAAUUGGAUCUCCAUGAGCCGCCAAUAUCGCAGUGUGUGCAGUGGAUUGAGGACGCCAAAUUAAAUCAGUUACGCCGUGAUGGCAUUCGUUAUGCUCGCAUCCAGCUGUGCGACAAUGAUAUCUACUUUCUGCCGCGCAACAUCAUUCACCAGUUUCGCACCGUGACGGCUGUAACGAGCAUUGCUUGGCACUUGCGUCUGCGUCAGUAUUAUCCCGGCCAGGAGGUGAUUAACGAGAAGAACAAUCCCGUGUUGGCCGAGACACCGCAUUACAAAGAGAAGCAAACAAUUUUGCCCAAUCCUAUUGGUCACGAUGAACCUGGUAAAAAGACGCCUUCAAAGCGCACACACGAUGGCAAAGCGAAGCGUAAACCUAUUGAUCUGGAGGGCAAGGAGCGACGUUCCAGCGAAAGCAGCCAGGAGGAUCAUUCAACAGCAAGCUCAUCGCCCACACAGCAAACCAAAAGUAACAACAGCAACAACAACAACAACGCCAGCAGCACCAGCAGCUGCAGCAACAACACACCUAAAAAGAAAUCGAACAAAGACGACUCCAAGAUAGACAUGCGCAAAAUGGUUUUGGAUCACACAUAUAAACUAAAAGCGGCGGCAUCAGCGGUCACAUCGCUGGAUAAGGAUAGUAAGCUGUCGAACAAGGACAAGUCCAGUCGUGAUAAAGAUAAGGAAAAAGACAAAGAUAAUAAUAAAGAUAAGAAUAAGGAAAAGGAGCGCAGUAAAAGGGAAAAUAAAUUGGAAGUGACAACGCCAACAGUUUCUCCUUCUCCUGCGAAGAUGCCACGCCUCGCUAGUGAAGAUAACACGGCAACAGCUGCUAAUGCUCCUCCUCCUGCUCCAACUGACUCAAGUGCAGUUGCCAAUGUUGCAACGCCACUGCCAGCCAUGCUGCCGGCAUUGCCGCUGCUGCCUCUAGUGCCUCAAACACCCUUCAUGCAUCGCGAAGCGUACGUCAACAGUUUGAAUCAAAAGGAGCCCGAAAUCAAAAUACAACUUAAAAUGGUAUCCGAUGAGCCGACGGUCACUGAAGUCAAUCGCAAAAUUGAAGUCCCCCCAGCACCACCAACACCACCAGCACCGAUGACACCAUCCUCGCCGCCAACGAUAAUUCCACCCGAUCCAGUUGAAGAUGUAGGCAAUGAGUUAAUUGUGGAGAGCACACCACAAUUGGAUGUGGAUCACGAGGAGGAGGUGAUCGAGCUUUGCGAAGAGGUUAUACCUUUGGAUAUACCGCCACCAGCUCCAACUCCAGCUCCAAAACCAACGCCAAUUCCAAUGCCAAUGCCAACAACAACAAUGCCUGUGAUGCGCCUUACACAGCCACCAUUACCAACAACUGCACCACAAGUUGUCAAGGUUGUGCUGCCAGCUUCAUCGUUGACGCCCUUGGUGGGUCGCCUGUCAGCUGUGGUCUUGACGCCUCCAUUGCCGCCAAUGCCAUUGCCACCACCACCGCCGCCGCCACCACCACCAUCAGGAACGGCAGCAGCAGCGGCAGCAACAGUUGUUGCCACAACAGCUGUCAACAGAAGCGCCAGCAUGCAGAAAAGAACAACAACAAACACCAGCACCGGCACCACCUACAAAACGUUCAAUUUGCCCUCGCACAAGAUCAUUUUAGCCGGCAGUAGAGCUGCAGCCAAAACGACGUCCGUAAAACCAGUCGAUCUACUUGGUUCGAUAAUGGCCAGCAUGGACAAUAAGCCCAGUAUAAUAACAAGCUCAAGCAGCUCCUUCCUCCUCCUCCUCCUCCUCCUCUUCCUCGGCAAAUGCAACUGCAACUGCGUCAGCGUCCGCCUCAGUCAACAACAACAGCAGCAACAGCUCGACAACAAACACUUCGCUGUCAUCCUAUGCCAACUCCAAUAACAGCUAUUGAGUGUGUAGCAGCUGCAGCAAAGAGGCUCCACAAUUAACAUUAUUAAUUAAUGCAGCUACAAAUUGUUGCUAAUUGUUUUCUGUACAUUUGUUCGUUUCGGCAACUUGAGAAAAACUUGGAAAAGCGUCUAACGCAAUUGAGAACUUAACGAGUUAGCCCACAAAUCGUUUAUUGUAUAUAUAGCAAAAGGGAAAUAAGUACAUAAAACAGAUAAACACACACCACACCACUUACACACCCACACACUCUAUAUCUAUUAUAUUUGAUAACUGUAGAAAAUUAAGCUCAAAAAAUGCUAAACCCUUUUUAGA